AAAGCAUUUGAAUUGUGGAUUCUAAAAAAGUCGACAACUACGAGAAAGGACACAAGGUACAUUGAAGAUAAAUCGUAAUUCGUAUAUAAUGCCGUAGUCAAGAACAUUUCAAGAGAUUUGGUGGCCUAAAGUUUUCCCGUAAAAUUCAUAAAAUAAUGAGAUAUAAAGAAGCAUGCAUGAAUUUGGUCUAUGAUUAGACGCAUGUUACCAUUUUGAUCUAUGUCAAAAAAUGUUAAGACACUAAAAAGAAAAAAAUUACUUUUUGAUGUCUGAAUCUAUUAAAUAUGACAAUAAAUAAAUAAAUACGCAAAUUGAGUUGAAACUAGAAAGUGAAAUUCUCAAAAACAUAAAUAAAAAUAAGUAGAAGAAAAGUAAGAAUUGACGAGGAAGGUAAAAUAUAUUACAUCAUUUUAUCUAAUGAGUGGAAAAAAUUAUCGUCAUUUACUCACUAAACCAUACGACCUCAACCAAAUUUUAAUAAUGUUAAAAUUUGAUGAUUUUUAGAGUAGAUUUAUCUUCCAUUAUUAAACUAGAACGAUAUUUUAGAGUAGAUUCAUGUAUAAUUUUUUUUUUAUGAUGAUGGUGUCCUUAUCGGUUCGCGUACUCCUUGAUAUUUCAUUAGUUACCUUCUAAUAUAUAGUUACCUCCUAAAGACUUUGACACAUAAAAAAAAAUACAUAAUUUUAUUUGUAUUUAUUAAAUUUGAACAUGAGACCUGGUGCCAUCUAUUUUAUUGACCAACUACACCCUUAAAUGCAAUUAACUCAAAAUUGACCAAAAUUAAUACUAAAUUUUCUAUAUUUGACAGCGUUUAAAUUUAAAAGAAAAAAUCAUCGUAUAGAAAUACAUUACAGUAACAUUUUAUAGUAGAUCAAAUUGCACACUAAUUUAGAAAGUGCACUACCCACUUGCUUUAUUAUUCUCUCUUCUCUUCUCCCCCGCCCUUUUACAUUCUAUAUAUUUGGCAACUCCACUUCUUUUAAAACCAAUUCUUCCUACAAAAUACGCUCCACACAAAAACAAAUCUCAUCUCUAUUAAAUCUUGAUUCUUGCUGCAAAACCCAGAAUUUAUUUUCGUUUUUGUGACAACCCAUUUGUGAAUCUUCGUGAAUUUUCAAUCAUGGUUGUUGAUGAAGCAGAUCCGGAUCCGAAAAUGAUAAAGAUCCGAGAAGUAUGGGCUAAUAAUCUUAAAUCCGAAUUCGCACUCAUUUCAACUGUGAUUGAUCAGUACCCUUUUGUAUCUAUGGACACAGAAUUCCCCGGUGUUAUCUACAAGCACAGUCCCCGGAAACACGCGCCGCUGUCGACGGCGGACAAAUAUACACUGUUGAAAUGGAACGUCGAUGCUUUGAAUAUUAUUCAACUUGGCAUUACGCUUUCUGAUUCUUCCGGAAACUUGCCAGAUUUGGGCUCCGGCGACCACCGGUACAUAUGGCAAUUCAAUUUCUCCGACUUUGAUGUGGCGCGUGAUAACCACGCGCCAAACUCGAUCGAGCUCCUCCUCCUGCAGGGAAUAAAUUUUGAAAUGAACCGGGUUUUUGGGAUUGACUCGGCGAUUUUUGCCGAGUUGAUGAUGUCCUCAGGCCUGGUUUGCAAUGACUGGGUGAGUUGGGUGACUUUUCACAGCGCGUACGAUUUCGGGUACUUGGUAAAAAUCCUCACGCGCCAGAAAUUGCCCUGUGGGUUAAAUGACUUUUUGGGAAUUCUCAGGGUGUUUUUUGGAAAUAAAUUUUAUGAUGUGAAGCAUUUGAUGAGUUUCUGUGGACAUCACGGUGGUUUAAACCGGGUGGCGAAGGAUUUGGACGUGAACCGGGCGGUCGGGAAGAGUCACCAGGCCGGUUCAGAUAGUUUGCUGACGUGGCAUGUUUUUCAUAAAAUAAGGGAUAAUUAUUUUUUAAAAGGUGGACUGGAGAAAUAUGCUGGCGUCUUGUAUGGAUUCGAAGUGUAAUUAAGGAUCACUAAUUUGUGUUUAAGUGUUAGUAAAUAUAACUAAUUUAAUUAAUUCUUUGUGGUGGAAAAGUUUGAUCUCUCUGAAUGAAGUGGCUGGAAAAGUUAAUUAGAGAUAAAAAGUCUGAUUUUGGAGAUACUUUUGCUUAAUUACAUUGACUAAAUUUCAUUGAAUUAAUUUUAAUAAUAUAGACUAUUCGUGUAAUUGAUCUGCAUGUAAUAGGUGGCAUGCUUUUUUUCAGGUGAGUAGUUGUAUUCGAAUAAAGGAUGAGGAUUGUGGAGAAUGCCAACGAGCAUAAAAUUUGCCUAUUGUUCGUCAUAAUACAGAUAUCGUUGCAAUAAUAUAAAAUUUUAUUUACAAUAUCAGCAUGUAUAAAUUAAAUUGUUAUGUAGUAGAUGAAAUCAGCAAAAUAAAACUCAUAAUACUAAUAUACUAUAUAGAAUCAUACAGAUUUGUAAUUCUUAUCCACUUCCACACCAACAAAAAGGCCCAGCAUUAACAUCA